AUGGAGCUGCGUCAUCUCGCCACCGACUGCAACUUCGGGGCACAUCUGGACGAUGCCCUCCGUGACCACUUCGUCGUGGGCUUGUGCAAAGAGAAACUCAGGCAGAGAAUCAUGGAGAAGGAGAAGGUCAACCUAAAAGAGGCCCUCGCCACCGCCAUCGCAUGGGAAAGGUCGCACGCUGCUCCGGCCGCGGCCCUCCAGGUUGAGCUAGAGGGUUCCGAGGAGCAGGACGUUCACCGGGCCUACGGAGGGGCCCGGGAGCGCACCCAAGCACCGCACCGCACCCCAGCUUCGAACGCGAGCACCGGCUGCCAGCAUCCCAGCGCACCCACGUGUACCAGCUGUAGGGACCAGCACGAACGGAAGACCUGCUGGUUUCGGAGCUGGAGUUGGGGGUCCAAGGACCACAUCGCAAAGGUUUGCCGAGCCAAGCCAACGGGACGGCCCCAGCCAGCACGCCAAAGAGCCGAGGCCCACUUCAAGGAGGACGCCGGCACCGAGGACUUCUACCUCCUCACCCACACAGCGGAGAAGGUACUGAGACUCCCCGGCAAAUCCCCCACCCCUAAGUUCAUGGCCACAGUAAAGAUAGAGGGGUCCACUUGUGAGAUGGAGGUGGAUUCGGGUUCUGCAGCUUCAAUAAUCUCCGCGGCAAUGCUGAAGUGCCUUUGCUCUAAGGGGGGACCCCGAUUGCGGCCAGCCCAGGUGACGUUCAUGGACUUCCAGUGGAACCAGGUGCUGGUCAAGGGAGUCGGAACAUUCAGGGUUCAGUUCAAGAAUUUUAAGAGGAACCUGGACUUAGUAGUGGUCGAAGGCGACCUAGUCAGUUUACUGGGGCGGGCCUGGUUCGAACCCCUGGGAAUCACUGUAGAGGGAGUUCAAGCGUGCACGACCCAAGACUUCAAGGGAAUUUGCCAAGAGUUUCCCGCAGUGUUUGACGACUCUCUGGGCCGGUAUACGGGCCCCCCAGUGUCCUUGCGCUUAGAACCCUCGGUGGCCCCCAUUAGAAUGCGUGCCAGGACGGUUCCGUUGACGGUCAAGCCAAAGAUCGAUGCGGAACUGGACUGCCUAGUAGCACAAGGCAUCCUGGAGCCCAUCUCCCACGCAGCGUGGGAGACGCCCAUAGUCGUUGGUCAGCCUGGACAGCUGGGGGAUCAGGGUCCAAUUGGUGCUUUGGGUUCUGUAGGACCCAUUGGCUUGCCAGGAGAAAAAGGUCAGAGAGGUGAGAUGGGUCUUCCUGGGCCAGCUGGAGAAAGAGGAGAUAAGGGUCCUACCGGAGUUCCAGGAUUUGCAGGUUUAGAUGGCAUGCCUGGCUUACCAGGACCUGAAGGACCCAGGGGCAAACUUGGCUUUGAUGGAUGUAAUGGUUCAAAGGGGGAACCAGGAUUUCCUGGAGAGGCUGGUCGUGUUGGACCAAUAGGCUCAUUUGGUAUUCCUGGGCAAAAAGGAGAAAAAGGAUAUCCCAUAAGUGUUUCCAAGUUCAUUAAAGGUGCUUCUGGAGAAAGAGGGGAUCCAGGACCACAUGGAAUACCUGGUCCUAGAGGAGAAAGGGGACCAAGAGGCUCACCUGGAUAUCCAGGCCAAUCAGGAUCACAGGGGGCUCCUGGUCAACCUGGCUUACCAGGCAAACAGGGAAAUCCAGGUGUCGGAGUGGAAGGUCAGAAAGGAGAGCCAGGCGAUGUGGGGCCUCCUGGCUCUCCCGGACAGCCAUUAUUGGUUGGACCUCCAAGUUCUCAUCUGCUAAAGGGAGAAAAGGGUAUAAAAGGAAUGCCUGGAUUGAUUGGCUCCAAAGGAUUGCCUGGCCCCCAAGGUGAACUUGGAAAUGGAAAGAAGGGGGAAAAGGGGACUAUUGGCUUUCCUGGAAUACAGGGGACUCCUGGUUCUUAUGGAUCUCCAGGUUUUCCAGGAAACAAGGGUGAAUUGGGAAUUUCUGGGUUUCCUGGGCAACCUGGCUUUCCAGGCACCAAGGGGGAACCUGGAAAGAGGGGGCAGCCAGGUCCACCAGGCGCUCAAACAACAGCAGGUGUUGGAAUAAAAGGUAUUCAAGGAGAUCCUGGAGAUCCUGGGCCCUCUGGAGAUGUUGGUGCCACUGGAUUGCCUGGUCCUUCAGGCAUGGAUGGAAGGCCAGGAGAACCUGGAGCUAGUGUCCCAGGUUCCAAAGGUAGUUUGGGAAUACAAGGUCCUCAAGGUGCUCGAGGAGAGCCUGGCCUCCCUGCUAUAUCUGAAACUGCUCCAGGAAGACCAGGAUCGCCGGGAUUACCAGGUUUACCCGGAAGACUAGGAAGCCAGGGCUUGCCUGGGCCACCAGGUGUUGCUUGCAGUGGGAUGGGGUCCCCUGGACAACCAGGAGCUAAAGGCCAGAGAGGUCCAUCAGGGGAAAGAGGUGAAAAAGGAGGAAAAGGCAAUCCAGGCAACUGUUCAUGUGGAACUGGUCCCUGUGGCCCACCAGGAAAACCAGGUCUACCAGGUAAUCCCGGAAGAAAAGGAGAAACUGGGUUACCUGGAAAAUAUGGGAAGAAAGGUGACCAAGGUUUACCUGGCAGAAUUGGACAACAAGGUUCCAUCGGAAUGCCAGGUUCCUCUGGAUUCACUGGAGAAAAAGGAGAUAAAGGUGAAUCGGUUAAAAUAACAAUGAAAGGGAUAAAAGGACAAAGAGGCUCCCAGGGGGACCCUGGGCUUCCAGGACAGCAUGGUGUUCCUGGUAAGGAUGGGGAUCCAGGAGUUUCUGGUGAAAAAGGACCUCAGGGUGAUGAUGGGAUUGCUGUGUCAGGUGAUAAGGGAUUUCCUGGCCCUCUAGGACUUCCUGGCCCUAGAGGGCCCACAGGACCAUCAGGACUUGGUAUCUCAGGUCCACAUGGUAUCCGUGGUCUACCGGGAGAUCCAGGAAGCCCUGGUAUAAGAGGAUUGCCUGGCCUCAAGGGGCAGAAAGGGAGUACUCUUCAACAUGCAACUGGAUAUCCUGGGAAUCCAGGCCCAUCUGGUUCUCCAGGAAAACCAGGCCCAAAAGGAUCAAGAGGACCCCCUGGUCGACCUGGCCCCAAUGGUUUUGAUGGCCCAAAAGGCCAGCAGGGCAAACCAGGAACAUUAGGUAUUCCUGGUCCAGAGGGUGUCAGAGGUGAGACUGGUGAUCCAGGUGAAGAAGGUAAAAGUGGUUCCAAGGUGGAUGGUGCUCCAGGAUUGCCAGGUCCUCCUGGGCCUCAGGGCCAGAAGGGCGUUCCAGGUGACAUCAAUUAUGGGCCUCCAGGAAUUCCAGGCAACAGGGGCCUUCCAGGAGUACCAGGUUUGUCUGGCAUCAGAGGAGACACAGGCCUUCCUGGGCUUCAAGGACAGCCUGGCACACCAGGAUCCCUAGGAGCUAAAGGUCUUAGCGGAAGAAAAGGUUCUACUGGAGCCCUAGGCUAUCCUGGCUCACCUGGCCUCACCUGUGACAAAGGCUUGCAGGGGCCACCAGGACCUCCAGGCUAUGUUGGGCCACCAGGCGCUCCAGGUUUCAAGGGCUCCAAAGGCCUACAAGGAGAUACGGGACCACCAGGCCCAGCUGGAAUGAAAGGCAUGCCAGGAGUUCCUGGAAUAACAGGGCCACCUGGACUUCCUGGUUUAAGAGGAAAUAUAGGCCUUCCAGGAGAUAAUGGAUUGCAGGGCCUCCCAGGACAAAAAGGAAGCAAAGGAUCCCAAGGGAUGCAAGGUUUCCCAGGGCUACCAGGAAAUCAAGGAGAGAAGGGUGUUCCUGGUAUAAAAGGUGAACAAGGACAAACAGGUCAGCAUGGCCCUCCUGGAGAAUGUGGAUCUGUGGGCUCCAAAGGUGAAAGAGGACUUCCAGGUGAAGAUGGCUGUGUUAUUCUAUUGGUUGAAAAAGGACAAACUGGGGAUCCAGGCCUUCCUGGUGAAGUAGGUUUACUAGGAGCACAGGGUGACAAAGGCAGCCCUGGGUUCAGAGGAAUCCCAGGACUGCCAGGCAGAAGUGGACUUGUGCAAAAGGGUGAACCCGGUGAUACCGGGCAGAUGGGUUCCCAAGGGCUGCCAGGCCCACCUGGAAUUCCAGGACUGAGAGGAAUCAUUGGUUUUCAAGGACAGCAGGGUGACCAGGGUGCACAGGGACUACCAGGUAUUCUGGGAAAAUCAGGACUUGAUGGUGCAAAAGGAGCUAAAGGUAACAGAGGAGAUCCAGCUCCUCACAUUGGCCAGCCUGGUAAGAGAGGCCCUCCAGGAAAUCGAGGAUUGCCAGGACUCAAUGGACUACCAGGUGUUCAAGGAGUACCAGGUGUUCAAGGGGAAACAGGAAGACCAGGAUCCAAAGGGUUACCUGGAUACCCAGGAACUCCUGGCUUCCCAGGAGCUCAGGGAGCUGCAGGAUUGACAGGAACUCCAGGUGACCAAGGUAAUCCUGGCCUUUUGGGACCUCCAGGUUUUCCAGGAUUACCUGGACCCCCAGGUCGAAAAGGCCCUCCGGGAUUGCCUGGAAUAGAUGGCUUGAAUGGACUACGGGGUCAAAAAGGUUUACCAGGACCUCCAGGUUUAAGUGAAAUGGGGCCUCCAGGAUGCACUGGAGAACCUGGAUCAAAAGGCAGUAGAGGAGAACCUGGACUACCAGGAAUUUCCCUCCCAGGACCCCCAGGAGACACAGGCUUGUUAGGGCCGCCUGGCAAGUCGGGGGCUCCUGGGCCUUCAGGACCUAUUGGACAGCCAUGUGGAGACGCACCACCUGGGCCUCCGGGUGAUCAAGGCCCUGCUGGUUUGAAUGGCAUCAGAGGUCUUCCUGGAGAAACUGGACCGCGAGGAAAGACUAUUUUUGUUAAAGGAGAUCCAGGUGACUGUGGAAACCCUGGCCUACCUGGGGUUCCUGGUAUACCUGGAAAUCCAGGAAAUAAAGGAGUUCAAGGAAAGCAAGGAAGUAUUGGUUCAAAAGGUCCAGUGGGGAACCCAGGACCGCAGGGGCUUCCUGGUGCCCAUGGAGAGCCUGGUGAUCAAGGAUUUCAAGGAUCAACUGGACCUUUGGGUCCCAAAGGUUGCAGAGGUGACCCAGGCGAACCUGGAAAACUUGAUUACUCCUCAUGUCCCAAGACUCCAGGGCCUCCCGGAGUAUUAGGCCAAAGAGGGUCACCGGGUUCCAUAGGAAUUCCAGGGCCACCAGGUUUCCCUGGUCCCCAAGGCAGAAAAGGAGAGGAAGGGCUGUUAGGUCUGCAAGGUGAGAGUGGCUUUCCUGGGGCACCUGGAUCCAUUGGUGAUCAAGGUGACAAGGGAGAAAAAGGAUACCCAGGGCUGCAAGGCCCUCCAGGCCAGACUGGGAUGCCGCCAGGGCCUGAAACAGGAGCUGCUAGUGGAUUCUUGCUUGUUCUGCACAGUCAAUCAGACCAAGAACCGCUGUGUCCAGAGGGAAUGGCAAGACUGUGGACUGGAUACAGUCUGCUAUAUCUUGAAGGACAGGAAAAGGCCCAUAAUCAAGACCUCGGUUUGGCUGGAUCUUGUCUUCCUGUAUUCAGCACCAUGCCUUUUGCUUAUUGCAAUAUCAAUCAGGUCUGCUACUAUGCAAGCAGAAAUGAUAAAUCUUACUGGUUGGCAAGUGCUGCUCCUUUACCCAUGAUGCCAAUUUCUGAUGAAGAAAUACGGCCCUACAUUAGCAGAUGUGCUGUAUGUGAAGCUCCUGCCCAAGCUGUUGCCAUUCAUAGUCAAGAUCAAUCCAUUCCUCCAUGUCCACUGAACUGGAGAAGUCUUUGGAUAGGAUACUCAUUUUUGAUGCAUACUGGAUCUGGUGACCAGGGAGGUGGACAAUCUCUCAUGUCAACGGGAAGCUGCCUUGAAGAUUUCAGAUCAGCACCCUUUAUUGAGUGCCAGGGUCAGCGAGGAACAUGUCAAUUUUUUGCAAACGAAUACAGCUUCUGGUUAAUUACUGUAAAUCCAGAGUUGCAAUUUGCAUCAGCUCCCCUCUCAGGGACGCUUAAAAAUGGUCAAGAACAACGCAGACAUAUAAGCAGAUGCCAGGUCUGCAUGAAACAUGGAUAAAGGAAAACCUCUGUGUUCACACAAAAUAACUCCAAGGGGAAAUACCAGUUAAGUUGCACUAUUGUUGUAAAUGUGCUAAUUUGAGGGGUUUUAUUUGAAUAUAAUGCGGCACUAGAAGACUUCAUCCACACUUACCCUGCAAGAUUAAUCCAUUUUCAAAUAGUAGGAACUGUAGAUCUUCUACAUGUCUUCACUGCAGAAAUGCUUUUGAAGAUUGCACCUGCACUAGCUGAAAACCUUUGGAAAAUGUAGCAGUUUUAUGAUCCUGUCUUGUAUCUAAGUCAUCAUAAGUUACCUUGCAAUGGCUGACUUAAUGGGAAGGGCAUCUAUUCCUAACUAUUCAGUUCUUUAUUCACUGCUGCACUAAGCAAAGCCAAAAAAGUACUGUGAUACAUGUUUUUUUCCAUCCCCCAGCAACAUUUAACUUGUAUCUGCAAACUAUCAGGGAGCUUUGAUGACAUCAGUCACAAACUCGGCUAAAAUUUGUUGUUCACAUGCUUUCAGUAGAUAUGAUCACAGCUAUGAAAGAUGACAAAGUGUUAUCAGCAUCAAGCAUCAUUGUAAGGGUCAUGACUAGUAGUCUGUUUCAAAAUGCCCAUGUGGCUUGUUUUAGGAGGAAGCCAUCCUCUAUGGUUUGUUCUGCUGAUGAACAAUUACAUCAGAACCAUGAGGAAGGCAAAAGAAGGCCUUUGUGUAUAUAUAAUCUCCUAAAUUCUAAGAUCCCUGGUGCAAAACAAACAGAUAAAGUCGCUGAUGCAUCUAUAAAUAUCCCCUUAAAGGAAUAAUCACACCAAUGUUUGAGGUAUGCACAGCAAUACAACACUCAGGGAAAGAACCUGUGGAAAUGGGAGCAGAUCUGCAAGUGAAACCUAAAAACAACAGUAUUUCAUCAGAGACAGGAUAAAAAGGGGGAGAUUAUUACAAAAGGAACUCAAAGUUCACCAAGCAGAUCCAAAGGCAGGGAAAAGAGGAUCUCUCUGUAUACAAAGAACAAUUACCUCUAACGAUUGAAGCAAUUAGAGUGCAAGUGAUUAACCAGCUGACUUGUACAGCGGGACAGUAUUCCAGGUUUAGUCUGUAUGAGACCAAAAGGGUAUAGCAGUAAUGCUAUUACCAGAAAUGUUAGCCAUUGCUAAAGAAGCACAGAAAAAAUUCUAGUGGUGGUUCCAUUCUAGUGGUGGUUUGCUGACUAUAGAACCUGUACAAAGACAGCAAUAAGAUUCAAGUACCAAAGGUCAAACUCUGUUGUAUUGGGGAACACCCGAGGAGAUUUCACCUUGCAUCUAAUGAAUGAAGCCUACAGAAUCUAUGGUCUAGAAUGGGAAUUAUAUUCUUCUGUAGCCUUGUUCCUAAUGGUCAUAAUCGAUAGUGCUAUUACACAGCCCAGUUUUCCUCCUUAUUUUUGUUAAGUUUGGUUGAAAUCAGUUUCAGUACUUUGUCCCUCCCUUCUGCCUAUGCACAGCACUAGAGAUCUUUGUAAAGAACAUUGCUAAAGAGAAGAAUCAAUAAUGGAUAUAUCCAUGAUGGUUUGGAUAGGUUCUUCUUGUUACAGUUUUCCAGCAAUCCCACUGUUUCCUUGAUUACUCUACAGACUGAGUUGUUAUUGAACUGUUCUUCUUCAAGAGCACUGUCUUUGAGGUGAGAAUUAAGGAGUGCAGCCUCUCCCAUCUAGUCUCCUAGAGCAAUUUAGCUUGGGAUGAUUGAGGUGAGGCCAUGCCAUCGAUGGAAUCUUAAACUUUCCUGAUGUUUCCAGCUAGUGCAGGCACAAUACCUGAAAGUUUGACUUCACAAGAAGACAUUUGAAAAAUAGCAGUUACAAUAAAUGCAGCUCUGUUUUCUUUGGGAAUUCUUUGCUGAACUUCUGUAAUCCUUUUGUAAAACUAUAAUUUCAAGGAUAUUACAAGUUUGUAGUAUGAUAUGCUGAACUUCCAGGAAAUGAUGCAGUUUUAUUCUAGAUUUGGUCCCCUUCUAUCUUACGCACACAUACAGAGUGUUUUGAUUCAGUCUAAU